UGCCGAAAAAUUUAACGGUUCCUAUUUCAACACCGUAAAAUGUCAUCUUCGCGUGGUGUUUUCGUAAAACUAACUUUCAUUGUGUGCAUAACUUUCGUUCAAGCUGUCACUAAUGUAGACCCGUCAUCACGCGAACUCGAUCAAUUCCGUUACUGCAUGCGCCAGUCGCAGCAUCCGAGUUUGCGCGAGUGCGUCGGUCGCACAGCCCUCAAUUUCCUGCAGCGCUUCGAUGAACAAGACAAUUACACACUAUUUAGGGAUUUAGUUUCUACGAAGGACGAUAAAAUUUCGGCGCGUUCUUUGGUAAAUUUUUUGGACACAGACCCUGUGGAUUUCAGAGGAAUAUUGGAAAAUGCCGGUGCCGUAAUGGGUCAGCGUGGGCUUGAAUGGCAUAUGGAUGCAAUAUAUCCGGGAUUAAUGUUCAAGAUUGGGCCCACUGCCGAUACGAAUAGUGUGGCUCAGUUUGUGCUCGAUCCAUCUACUGUUGAGCGAAACUUUGGCUAUGAAGAGCCAUCAACAGUUCGCCUCUUAACGAAACAAUACCUGCUGCCAUUUUUGCUUGGCUUUAAAUUCAACUUGGUCGCACUGGUGCCGCUUGUGUUCGCCGGUAUCUGCUUGCUGCUGAAGAAGUCGCUUUUCUUGGCUAAGUUCGCCAUUUAUCUAAGCAGCUUUUUAGGCGUUGGUGGCGCUUUAACUGCGCUCAGUGCUGGCGCUGGUGCAGGCGGAUUUGGUGGCUUUGGACUUUUCGGCGGAGGCGGCGGUGGUCUUCCGCUGGGACCCCCGCCCUUCAACCCUCUGGCUCAUGCAUAUGGAGGUGGCGAUGGGUACUUACCCGGCAAAGCAGGUGUUUUCAAUCAACACUACGAAAACGAUGAACUUCAUCACCAUCCACCAUAUAAACGCAACGAUCGUAAAGUAAACUUCGAAAAGCCACGUGAGUAUGCAUCACGGGCUACCGUAACAGCAACAACGCCGGCUCCUGACCGAUUUUACGACUAUGAGAAGCAAGUCGCCAUGAUACAUAAUAGAAGCGGAAAAUUGCGGUCAACGAACGGAAAACUCGGGCCCAGUGCUUAUGAUGACGACGAAGGUGAGGUGAAAAUUGCUGAUUUCAAGACAACGAAUCAAGAACAUAAUGGUUGGAAAGUCGUUGAUUUGAGGGUGUGAACGAAUGUUCUUUUUCUCUGAUGCGCAACAUAUUCACAAAACUGCGUUUGUAAA